CCUUGCACUCCCCUCCACUAGGCUUGAAAGUGCUUUGACAGUGUGUAAUUGCACACUGCACUAUAAUAUACAGGUGUUCCGGCAGGAUUUAGAGCUCCACUUCGUUUCAGACCUGCUCGGAACGUAAAGGUGAAAAUUCCAACAUGACCUCCUACCAAAGCAAGAACAUCCGCACCUCAACUUCCUCCAAGUUGAAAGACGACAGCUGGAUCAGAAAAGACGAGGAUGAAUACGAAGCAGUCGACCGAGAUCCGAACUUUGGCUCAUCUGUUCUCAGCCACUACAGAUCCACCGAUAGUCUGAGCAGCUCUGUGACCGAAAAUACACAAAUUACCAGGUCAACAAGUGUACAAGCUCUCACAAAGAGAUUCAGCGGGAGUCAGGAUGAGCUGCCAGGCAGCUCUUACACCAAGUCCAGAGUCUCUUACACUCAGAGCUCUCCCUCCUACAGGAGAAGCGAUGAACCGGAUUCAAGCACCACCACCACAAGUGUAAGCAAGGAUGGCACAAUCACCGAAACCACGGUCACUACCACCAGUCAGAAUCUCAGGAAAAGUCCAAUGACGAGUCCAACCAGGACUGCAACGUUCAGUGAGCGCGUGCAAAGCUUCAGCAAAGGUGCUGAGGACAAGCUGUACGACAUCCCUAGUAUCCCCAAAGAUGAAAGUGGAGACAGCAGCAGAGCAAGUCUCUCCAGCAGCGAGACUAUGACUGUCACGCGAACCAUUAAUGGGGCUGAGGAUCAGCUGUAUGACACCCUGCUGCCAAAAGGCAUCUCUUCUACUCAGUCUUCAUCUUACAGCACCUCAAGUGUGACAAAAAGAGAGACUGUGACCGUGGAGAGCACCCCACUUCCACUGUCUUCAUCGUCCUCCUUGCGUUCCACCAGCCGCACUUACACUGAGGAAAUACCCGGCGGUCGCAUCUCCUCGUACACCGUCAGCACCAACAGCUUGCCCAAUGAUGAUUACAGCAGUAAAAGUGGCAGCUACUACUACUCGCCAUCUUCCUCUACUUCCAAGCCCAGCUAUGAAUACAGCAGUAUCAGCAGCCCUACUGAGUACAGCUCCACUACGUACAGGAGCACCAGCAGGUCUGACGACAUACUGUCAAGUCCCAUCUCCUCUACCAAGUCUGUCUACACCAGUUCUGAUAGGACAGUCCAUGAGAAAGACUUAUGCACUUACUGCCAUAAGCCUUUCAACGGGGAGGCCAAAAUGAUCCUGGAUGAUAUGAAGAUUAGCUGCCAUGCCUUCUGCUUCAAGUGCGAAGUAUGCAACGGCACGCUGAGUCACCUGAAAGCUGGCGACUGCAUGUGGGUGUACAACCACAUGGUGCACUGCGAGAACUGCUUCGAUGUGACCAGAGAAAAAUGGCGUCACUGAAUAAGCACCUCGACGUCCAAUGGAGAACAACAAGUUAUGCAAUAAUAUGAACAAAAUUUUGAAGGGGUCACAUGGGUUCUGUUGCAUUUUAUAUUUGUAUUCAUUCAGGUGUUUGUUUGGGAGGUUCAUGAAAUAUAUUUCGGUACUAAGGUAAUUAUAUUCUAUACAGUAUCUAAUCUAAAAUAUUGUGUGAAGGCUUUAAAGGGACUCUUUUGUUUGUAAUAUGAUACCAAUACUGUGAUGUGGAUGGCCGGGGUUGUUUUUCCUGUGUGCAAUAAAAACAAUCACUGUAUUGAUAUCA